AUGGAGGAGGAACGGGAAGCUUUGGAAGCCGUCUACGACACCGACUUUGAGGCCGACGGGUCCACUUGGCGAGUGAGGCUACCGGAGCUCAAUGCGGUACUGAUACUUCGCUUGGGAGGUGGGUAUCCGGAGUCUCAGCCGCCAUCGCCAUCCCUGGAAUUCGAUCCCUGGCCGAAGGGCGGCGAUGCUUUCGCACGGCGUGUGACACAG